AUGUUGAGAAAUAGCAUUGUAUCACGUGGUCUAGCUCAAACCCGCGUUAGUGCAAAGGUUAACAGACUAGCAUCGUUAAGAAUGGUUUCGUAUAGAGUGGAGACCGAUGCGUUCGGUGAGAUCCAAGUUCCUUCUGAUAAGUACUGGGGUGCUCAAACCCAACGUUCUUUGCAAAAUUUCAAGAUUGGUGGUCCUCGUGAAAGAAUGCCUGAGCCAAUUGUCAAGGCUUUUGGUGUUUUGAAGAAGUCGGCUGCUGUGGUCAAUGAGCGUCUGGGGACGUUGGACCCUGAAAUCGCUAAGCCUAUCAAGCAAGCAGCCGAUGAAGUUGCUCAGGGUAAACUAAUGGAACAUUUUCCAUUGGUUGUGUUCCAAACUGGGUCUGGUACUCAGUCCAACAUGAACGCCAACGAAGUUAUUUCAAACAGGGCCAUCGAAUUGAUUGGUGGUGAAUUGGGUUCUAAGAAGAUUCACCCAAACAACCACUGUAACCAAGCUCAAUCCAGUAACGAUACUUUCCCAUCUGUUAUGCAUAUUGCUGCUGUCACUGAAAUUACACACCAUUUGUUGCCAGAAUUGGAAGGUUUGAAAGUUGCUUUAAAGCAAAAAUCUGAUGAGUUCCAGCAUAUCGUUAAGAUCGGUAGAACCCAUUUGCAAGAUGCUACUCCAUUGACCCUAGGUCAAGAGUUCAGCGGAUACGUGCAACAGGUGGAGAACGGUAUUGCUCGUGUUAAACAAUCUCUAUAUCAUUUGAAGUUCUUGGCACAAGGUGGUACUGCCGUUGGUACUGGUUUGAAUACUAAGGUCGGUUUUGCUGAAGAUAUCGCUGAACAAGUUUCUAAAGAAACUGGUAUCGAUUUCAAGACCGCUCCAAACAAGUUCGAAGCAUUGGCUGCUCACGAUGCUGUCGUUGAAGCCUCUGGUGCCCUAAACACUCUGGCUGUCUCUUUAUUCAAGAUUGCUAACGAUAUCAGAUACUUGGGUUCUGGACCUCGUUGCGGUUACGGUGAAUUAAGUUUGCCAGAAAACGAACCAGGUUCUUCUAUCAUGCCUGGUAAAGUGAACCCUACUCAGAAUGAAGCCAUGACUCAAGUGUGUGUUCAAGUUAUGGGUAACCAUGCCGCUAUCACUUUUGCAGGUGCUUCUGGUCAAUUUGAAUUGAAUGUCUUCAAGCCAGUUAUGAUCUCGAACUUGUUGAGUUCAAUCAGACUAUUGGGAGAUGCUUCUAACUCUUUCAGAAUUCACUGUGUUGAAGGUAUUAAGGCUAACGAGGACAGAAUCGCUAAAUUGUUGCAUGAAUCCUUAAUGUUGGUAACUGCAUUGAACCCAAAGAUCGGUUACGAUGCCGCUUCUAAGGUCGCUAAGAACGCUCACAAGAAGGGAAUCACUUUGAAGGAAUCUGCUUUGGAAUUGAAGGUUCUAUCAAGUGAAGAAUUCGACCAAUGGGUCAUCCCUGAAAAGAUGAUUGGUCCAAAGGAGUAA